AUGGCGGGCAGGCGAGGAGCUUGGUAUGUGCCUUGUCUAGCUUCACUUGAGACCAUCCAGGAAUUAUGUAGGAAGGAAAAUCUCACAUGUAAAUCCCUUGGAAUCACCAACAGGAAUCUAAAGAGUUAUGAGGUGGAAUAUUUAUGUGACUACAAGGUAGAAGAGGGCACAGAGUACUUCCUUGUGAAAUGGAAAGGAUGGCCAGAAUCCUCAAAUACCUGGGUAGCUUUGAAAAAUCUUAAAUGCCCAUUGCUCCUUCAGUACUUCCAUAGCGACAAGAAUGAAUAUUUAUCUCAGCUAAAGCGAGGCAAAGCUGUAAUAUUGAAAAACCAUAUUAAAGCUUUGAACCCUGUAGUAGCACAGUACGUAGUAAAGAAGGCUAAACAAAGAAUAGCUCUACAGAGAUGGAAGGAAGAACUCAACCGGAAAAAGAACCAUAAAGGAAUGAUUCUUGUAGAAAACACUGUGGAUCUUGAGGGCCCUCCUUUAGACUUUUACUACAUUAAUGAAUAUAAACCUGCUCCAGGAAUAAAUGUAAUGAAUGGAAUCACAACCGGCUGUGAAUGCUCUGAUUGCCCUGCUGAGAAGUGUUGUCCAGAAGAGGCUGGAUUUUUCUUGGCUUACAAUAAACAAAAGCAGUUAAAAAUCCAACCAGGCUUGCCUAUCUAUGAAUGCAACUCGUACUGUAGAUGUGGUCCUGAAUGCCCUAACAGGAUAGUACAGAAAGGCACACCAUAUUCUCUUUGCAUCUUCAGAACUAACAAUGGACGUGGCUGGGGAGUAAAAACCCUCCAGAAAAUUAAAACAAAGAGAUUUGUGAUGGAGUAUGUUGGAGAGGUGAUCACAAGUGAGGAAGCAGAGAGACGAGGUCAACUGUAUGACAACCAAGGAAAUACAUACUUGUUUGACUUGGACUAUGACUCGGAUGAAUAUACGGUGGAUGCAGCUCGAUAUGGAAAUGUGUCCCAUUUUGUGAAUCACAGCUGUGAUCCAAAUCUUCAGGUCUUCAAUGUUUUCAUUGAUAACCUUGAUCUACGUCUUCCUCGGAUAGCACUGUUUUCUACGAGAACCAUCAAGGCUGGAGAAGAGCUCACCUUUGAUUAUCAGAUGAAAGGUUCUCUAGAUGUGACUUCGGACUCUGAUGCUGUCAGCCCAACGAGAAAGAGGAUCAGAACUGUGUGCAAGUGUGGAGCUGUGUGUUGCAGAGGGUAUCUCAACUGAAUUCUCAAUAGCCAAAGUUGCAAAUAAAUUAUUUCAUUUUGUGUCUUUUUAAAUGUAUUUUAGGAAGACUGCUGUUCUAGUUCACUUAUACUUACAAAUUGGAGUAUUUUUACAUAUGAGUGAAUCAAUAUAAUGA